AAAAAUGGCAUAUCAAAUGGAACUCUCUACAAAAAAAGAUUUAUUGAGCACUUUGAAAAGGCACCAUUGUAUGUUACUCUUCUUACUUUCCUGGCUUUUGGAGUGGGAACAGUAUUUGGCUAUCUGCGAGAUUUUAUGAGAGCGUGGGGCCUAGAAAAACGUAACAUUGCUGAAGAAAGAGAAGAACAAAAAGAUUUUGUGCCACUUUAUCAAGAUUUUGAGAACUUUUACACAAGAAACCUCUAUAUGAGAAUACGGGAUAACUGGAAUCGUCCGAUUUGCAGUGUCCCAGGACCACAGUUUGACCUCAUGGAGCGUGUUACAGAUGAUUACAACUGGACAUUUAGGUUUACAGGAAGGACUAUCAAGAAUGUAAUCAAUAUGGGUUCCUAUAACUACCUCGGCUUUGCAGAAACAGAUGUUAAUGCUUUGAAAACUGUGGCUGUAGAGUUACAAAAAUAUGGGACAGGAAUCUGCAGUACCAGACAGGAAAUGGGUACCCUAGAUAAACAUGUAGAACUAGAGAAACUUGUGGCCAAGUUCCUUGGUGUGGAAGAUGCUAUGGUGUUCGGCAUGGGCUUUGCAACUAACUCAAUGAAUAUUCCAGCCCUUGUUGGGAAGGGGUGCCUCAUUUUAAGUGAUGAGCUGAACCAUACUUCUCUCGUUCUUGGUGCAAGACUUUCAGGUGCUACUAUUAGAAUCUUCAAGCAUAAUAAUAUGCAGAGCCUUGAGACGUUGCUGAGGGAUGCAAUAAUAUAUGGGCAGCCUCGAAGCCACAGAGCAUGGAGAAAAAUUAUCAUCCUCGUGGAGGGCAUUUACAG